AUGGACCUCAUGGCGGCUCUCCAGAUGGUCCUCAAGAAGGCCCUCGCCGAAGAUGGCCUCCACCGCGGUCUCCGUGAGGCGUGCAAGGCCAUCGAGUCCCGCAAGGCGCUCCUCUGCGUCCUCGCCCAGGAUUGCGACCAGGCUGACUACACCAAGCUCAUCUCGGCGCUCUGCAACGAGGUGAACGUUCACCUCAUCCGCGUUCCCCAGGCGGUGCAGCUCGGCGAGUGGGCGGGCCUCUGCAAGCUCGACGCCGACGGCUCCGCGCGCAAGGUUGUCAAGUGCUCCUGCGUCGUCGUCUCCGACUACGGCGAGGAGUCCGAGGGUCUCACCAUCCUCCAGAACUUCCUCAACGGCGACGGCAACUAA